AUGGUCACUGUUGCGAACAGUUUUUUCUCUCUCCGCGUAGCCCUGACUUGGCUGAGAGUCAUGGGGCUCUGGGCCCCUGACGAUCUUAAAGACUGGAGGAGGGCAGCCUACAAUUGUUAUACUUUCCUUGUUUAUAUGAUUGUUGUUGGUACAUUUAUACUAAUCCAAGCGGUAGAUCUGUGUAUGAUAUGGGGAGAUAUCCAGCUGAUGACUGCGUCCGCCUUCGUGCUGUUCACCAACCUGACGCACACCACCAAGAUCCUUAACAUGAUAAUCAGGUCCAGGCGCAUCAAGGAUAUCGUAGCUAAGAACGAUACAGUCAUACGUAUGCAGGACACAGUGGAGAAGGUGCAGAUUGUUCAACGUUGCGAGCGUGGUGUAAGGUUUUACGUCGUAACGUAUGCCCUGAUCACUCUAUUUACGAUUUUAUUGUGGUCAUUUGCUGCAGCUUUGGAAACUCAAGAUAAGCAACUUCCAAUGAGGGCUUGGUAUCCCUUCAACACAUCAGUGUCCCCACUGUACGAGUUGGCGUACAUCCACCAGUCCCUGUCGCUGUACCUGGCGGCCAGCAUGAACGCCAGCAAGGACAUCUUGGUGACCACGCUGAUAGCGCAGUGCCGCUGUCGCCUGCGUCUCUUGAGGGGAGCUUUCGAAACUUUGUGCAGGGAUAUGAACUUAGUAUCUUCUCAUUUGUAGCGCCUAUCAAAACACCAAGAGGCAAUAAUGUCAGCUCGCUUGAGAGCCUGCGUGAUGGAACACCAGGCCAUCCUGCAGACGGUGGAGCAGCUACAGAGCUGCUUCUCGGAACCAACAUUCGCCCAGUUCACCGUUUCGCUCGUCAUCAUUUGUGUUACUGCUUUUCAAUUGGUUUUUCAAACGGGAAGAUUAGUUCGAAUGCUUUCCAUGACCUUCUAUCUGAUGAACAUGGUGGGGCAAGUGUUUAUCUACUGCUAUGAGGGGAAUGAGCUAACUGUGGAGAGUGAGCAAGUGUGCGGCGCGGUGUACCAGUUCCCGUGGUACAGCUGCAGCGCGGCGCUGCGCCGCUCCGCGCUGGUGGUGAUGACGCGCUGCCGCCGCGCCGCCAGCCUCUCCGCCGCCGGCUUCACCACGCUGUCCCUCACGUCUUUUAUGAGUAUUUGCAAAGCUUCAUACUCAUUCUUUACAGUCCUCAAACAAGUGGACGAAGAUAAAAUGUUUAAUAUUGUUUGGAGAGCUAAACAGCUCCGCGCGCUGGUGAGGAACUGUGAACGGGAACUAACAGAAGAAUCGAGAGAAGAUGGUAAAGCAAUCAUAGCGAGCUACAAUAAAGAAGCUCGACGUCAGUUUUACGUGUAUGUGCUAUUUACAUACAACACUAUCACGGGUUGGUCCCUCGCUGCAGAGAGAGGGCAGCUCCCUCUGAGGGCUUGGUAUCCGUUUGAUACGACCCAGACGCCGGCUUAUGAACUGACGUAUAUCCAUCAGUGCAUUGCGGUUGCAAUAGCUGCGGCAGUUGAUAUCGGGACAGAUACUCUGGUCACAUCGUUGGUGUCACAGUGCCGCUGCCGGCUGCGGCUUCUAGACUUGUCCCUACGGACUUUGUGCGAUGGCUUCCAAGUGGGAGACACGGGUCUCAUAGAGCCAGAGGCGGAGAAGACGAUAUACCUCCGUCUCAGGCGAUGCGUACAGCGUCACCAAGCUGUGUUGGAUGAUGCUCAACAGCUGCAGGACUGCUUCUCCAUAGCUACAUUCUCACAGCUCACCGUCUCCGUUUUUAUUAUUUGCGUCACUGCUUAUCAAUUGGCGUUUGUAAGUAUUGGGGAAUCAAAAAACAUCAUCCGUAUUGCUGCUAUGGUCAGUUACCUCGUCACCAUGACGAUGCAGGUGUUCAUAUACUGCUAUCAAGGAAACCAGCUCGUUGUGGAGAGUGAAGCCAUAUCAGCAGCAGCAUACGAGUGCCCGUGGUACACCUGCAGGGCGCCUCUACGCAAAGCCUUGCUGGUCAUCAUGACGCGAGCCACCCGCAGCGUCAAGCUGACUGCCGCUGGUCUUACUGAAUUAUCACUGGCUACUUUUGUUUCUAUUAUAAAAGCCUCGUACACAUUUUUCACGGUACUACAAGGAGUCGUUGAUGCAUCGUAG